UUUCAGAUCGAUUACAAUCUUAGACCUCCACAACGGACAAGUGACAACUGAGAACUCGAAGAAUCAAAACAUUCAACACAAUGAUGCCUAAAAAGAUAGCUUUCGGUUUUUAGAAUGUCACUUACCGUAGACCAGGUUUUGGAGAGGAUUGGUGGCCACGGACGCUUUCAAACGAUUGUAUUUCUUUGCAUGACCUAUGUUUAUAUGUCUAUGGUUGCUUUUCAUUUGAUGGUUAUUGUUUUUGUAUGCGGCGAACCUAAUUGGGAGUGUGUUGAAAAUAGUACAAUUUGUAACCUUACCGAAACAGUGAGUACGGUAAGCGAAUAUUACAACAGAAGAUGCGAUAUGCCGAGAUCUGAAUGGAAAUUUGUUGAUACCUACACAUCAACAGUUACUGAGUAUGAUCUUGUAUGUGAAGAUUCCAUCCUUCAAAGUGUCGUGUCUUCGUUGUUCUGGGCAGGAUGGCUUGUUGGCAAUGUUGUCCUGGGGUAUAUAUCAGAUAAACUUGGGCGUCAGAAGGCCAACCAACUAUCAGUGUCUUUGGUUUUUCUCUCUUCCUGGGCAUUAAUUUGGCCAAAGAAACUCUGGAUAUUCAUGUUUUGUCGUUUUAUCACUGGUUUUGGAAGUGGUGGAGCAUGUAUGUGUGCUUUUAUCGUUAUCAUGGAAUUCAGCCCCAGCAAACAACGUGGUAAAGUGGGAACUGCCAUGUUCUUUUCUGGACCUGUUGCGUAUUCGUUAAUUGCUUUAUUCGCGUUUUUGAAUCGUGAUUGGAGAUGUCUGAUGCUUUUUGGUGCGACAUUGGGAUUUCCAGUGAUGGCUUUUAUUUGGUUUGUUCCUGAGACGCCACGGUACCUGUUAGUUCAUGGGAGACUUGAGGAAGCUCGAGCUAUCCUGAAAUUAAUAGCAAGGUGGAAUAAGAAACAGAUGCCCCAGGAAGAAAUUCAUGUAUCGCAGCAAGCGACCGGCGAGAAAGGGAAUUUUAGGGACAUAUUUUAUAACAAAACAGUCAGUUUAUUAACCAUAACAACCUGGUUUUUGUGGUUAACAGUAGCUUUGACGUAUUACGCAGUUUCGUAUAAUGCAGUUUAUCUGGGUGGCAAUAUCUAUCUCAGCUUUUUUCUCAACAAUAUUAUUCUAUUCCCAGCAAAUUAUUUGGCAAUCGUCGCAAUGAAAAAAAUUGGACGAAAGAAUUCCGUUAUUUUUGGACUGUUAAUCGCUUCAGUUUCCAAUUUGAUCACCGCAUCAAUUCCUGGUGACCGAACCGACACAGGUUUUACAGCAGGUAGAAUAACAGCUUCAAUGAUUGCCAAAGGAUCAAUUAGUGUUUCGUUAUGCGGUAUAUAUCUACUGGGGGCAGAAGUGUUUCCAACAACCGUUAGAAAUAUUGCUAUGGGAACAGCAUCUGCGUGUGGUCGGAUAGGAUCGUUCGUUGCUCUCUACAUAAUUUGGUUGCAACGCAUCCAUCGAUAUGUCCCGCAUGUUAUUCUGGGUACCAUGUGCUUAAUCUGUGGGAUCACGUGUUAUAUUUUAAUACCCGAAACGAAGAAAGCAACUACACCAGAAGUUUUCAUGUCCAAAUCCAAAGAAAAUUUAGAAAUGAACAAUGGUCAUGAACAUAAGCUACUGGAUGAUUGUUAAGACAACGGAAUUAGAACACUUUCUAAAUUCUCUCACUGUUUCAAAUAUCUAUUUUAUUGUUCAUAAAAUUAUCUAUUUUAUUAUUCUUGAAUUAUGUAAUGAUAAUGUGUCAGCUAACAUCUUUUUAAUGAACAGUACGUACACCACUACACCUUAAAAUUACUAGCCCUAAAAUGGUAGCUUAAUUUAUAUUGUAGGUCUAUACCGAUUUCUGUUAAAUUACAUAAUUAUUUAUAUGAACAACACAAUUAUUUGGCGAAUACUUUCCACCUUUACAAGGCUUUUUCGGCUAAGAAAAUCCAAUCAUGUAUGGACAAUGAUUCAAUAUAUUUCAACGGUGUAACUAUCACUCCACUUAUCGUAGCAUGAGCAGUGUAGGCCUCUGAUGUCAUUUUUCUUGAACCUUCGUCCUUGACAGCAGCAAUCACUAAUUUGCU